UUUGGAAAACACUGUGUUAAGGUGAACAGUAUAGGAAAUAAAGGACCUAGUUGUUAUAGGGCCAUGCCUCCCAUGACUACAGAGCCUUUCAGGUCAGGAAGCUGUCUCCCUGUAGCCGGGUAAAUGCACUGUUUAUCAGGCAAUGCCCUGAGGAAGACAAGGCCCAGAAGACAUGGGAGCUGAGGACUAGAGAAUGCACACGGUGAUGAAACACAACAUCUCUGCAGUCAGCAGUUGCUGGGAGGGGCAGCUGGACCAGUCUGCCAGAUAGAGGAUAAGAUAGGGAGGGAGUAGAGACUCUGGAUCAGACGAGCCUUCCUCCUCCUCCUCCUCCUCUUCACAAGGACACAGAGUCACCAGCUCCUGCUCCAGGGGACCCCAAUACCCACAAUCAGGGGCACAGAGCUGUGGAGAUGCUGAGGAGAUCCAUGUGAUCCAGCCCUGCUCCUCCCCCGCCAUCACCUGGAGAGGGAAGAAGGAUUGGACAGGCUCUGGGGAUGAGUGCAGGCGGGAGAGCCGUGUGUGCCCCACUCCGGCCUCACUCAUAGCCCCUGUCCUGCCCUCACUCAUAGCCCCUGUGCCAGGAUCCGCCGUCGGGCUGUCUGCCAUGGACUGGGCUGGUUACAGGCUCUGCGGGUACGAGGGAUGCUGCUCCUGAAUUACGUCUGUGGACCGGGGCUGCGCACACAAGUCUAGGAGACAUAGCUCCAGCUCAGCACUGUAUACAGCCCGAUGUCCUAUAUACCCCGCCCGACCUGACACACCGGAGCCUCAUGGAGACAGGAUACAAGGUUUAAGAUCUGGAUGGUCCACAGUUGUGAGGUGUAUACUGGAUGGAAGUUUCUUGAAGUAUGUGAUACAGAAGGACAGAAAGAUUGGAGAGCUGUAGUCAAUUCUGCGUGAGCGACACAGAUCUGAGCCAUCAGCUUGGCAGAAAUCUACCAGGAGAUAUGUACACAAGGGGCACAGAAAAGUCCAUUCCUGUACAGAUUGCCCGAGGCCAUUUCAUAGCUGGAAACCUGGAUAUUUCAGCAGCAUUAUUUCAUUUGGAGAAUGAAGACAAGGGCUUACAUUAAGGACCAUCAUCACAGUGACAGCCACAGACCUGCAGCAAUGAUCACUGGCCCCCAGUAAUAAUAGCUGCAGAAGCUCCACUAAAGGUGACGGAUACUGAUGCUUUGCAUUAUGGAUGUUGGUGAUAAGGACAACAGAGAACAACCAGGCCACAUUAAGAGGAGUACAUGAUUGGGCAUUGGAAGGAAACAACACUCCAAAUCUGUUUGCAGCGGCCAGUCAGUGUCCUUCUGUACGACUCAUCAAGGUGAGUCCAAGGUCCAGUAUGAUUCUCCCGCUGCCUCCCUGCCUGUGUCCCAUCCUCUUGCUUGUAGUGGGCUCCUACCUGUCUGGCUCGGCCUCAGGUUGUCCCCAACGCUGUGAUUGCUCCGCUCAGGAUCGUUCUGUUCUGUGCCAUCGUAAGCGACAUCUCCAGGUUCCUGAAGGCAUCCCCUCUGACACACGUCUGCUGGACCUAAGCAAAAAUCGCAUUAAGACACUUAACCAGGACGAGUUUUCUGGCUUUCCUUAUUUGGAGGAGUUGGAACUUAAUGAGAACAUUGUGUCUAUCAUUGAACCAGGCGCCUUCAAUGGUCUCUUCAAUCUACGUUUCCUAGGGCUGAGAAAUAAUCGUCUAAAAUUGAUUCCACUAGGUGUAUUCACAGGACUUAGCAACCUUACACAACUUGACAUUAGUGAGAACAAAAUUGUUAUUCUUCUGGAUGACAUGUUCCAGGACCUGUAUAACCUCAAAUCUCUGGAAGUAGGAGAUAAUGAUUUGGUGUACAUUUCUCACCGUGCCUUCCGUGGACUCAACAGUCUGGAAGAGCUGACAUUGGAAAAAUGCAACCUCACUUUGGUGCCCACAGAGGCUUUGUCCCACCUUCACGGUCUGAUCUCUGUACGGUUAAGGUACCUCAAUAUCAAUGUCAUUCGUGAUUAUUCUUUUAAAAGGUUAUUUCGACUGAAAAGCUUAGAGGUAGCCCACUGGCCAUAUUUGGACACAAUGACAUCCAAUAGCCUGUAUGGGUUGAAUUUAACUUCUUUAUCUGUUACUCAUUGCAAUUUGAGCAGUAUACCAUAUGUGGCAAUCAGACAUCUGGUUUAUCUUCGAUUUCUUAAUCUUUCAUAUAACCCAAUCUCAUCUGUGGAAGGAUCCAUGUUGCAUGAAUUGCUCAGACUUCAGGAGUUUCAUCUGGUAGGUGGACAACUGGCUGUAGUGGAACCCUAUGCCUUCCGAGGUCUUAACCAUUUGCGAGUUCUGAAUGUCUCCUCUAAUCUUCUCAGUACACUGGAGGAAUCUUCCUUUCAUUCUGUGGGUAACCUGGAGACACUAAUUUUAGACCACAACCCCUUGGCUUGUGAUUGUCGCCUAUUAUGGAUCUUCCGGCGACGUUGGCGUCUCAAUUUUAAUCGACAGCAGCCAUCCUGUGCAAGUCCAGAAUAUGUGCAAGGGAAGGAGUUUAAAGAUUUUCCUGAUGUCCUACAGCCUAAUUACUUCACUUGCCGACGUGCAAGAAUCCAAGAUAGAAGUCCACAAGUGGUACAUGUAGAUGAAGGCCAUACUGUACACUUUUACUGCCGGGCAGAUGGUGAUCCACCACCAACUAUACUGUGGCAGUCCCCACGAAAGACUUUCAUCACCAGCAAAAGCAAUGGGCGUCUGACUGUGUUUCCAGAUGGAACAUUAGAGGUACGUUAUGCCCAGAUACAAGACAAUGGGACUUACCACUGUGUGGCAGGUAAUGCUGGUGGCAAUGAUACUUCAUUAGCUCACCUACAUGUACGCAGUUAUUCUCCAGAUUGGCCUCACCAACCUAACAAGACCUUUGCCUUCAUCUCAAACCAGCCGAAUGAAAGUGAUGUCAACAGCACUCGUGCAAGUGUUCCAUUUCCAUUUGAUAUUAAGACUUUAAUCAUUGCAACCACAAUGGGCUUUAUAUCCUUCUUGGGGGUGGUUUUGUUCUGCUUGGUCCUUCUUUUUCUUUGGAGCAGGGGCAAAGGAAACACCAAACACAACAUUGAGAUUGAGUAUGUGCCACGAAAGUCUGAUGCUGGACUCUCUUCUGCAGAUGCUCCUCGCAAGUUUAAUAUGAAGAUGAUCUGAUAUUGGUCGAGCACUGGGGAAGGUGAGGGAUGGAGUUAUAUGGGCAGUUAGUGGAAUGCACAAAGCCUGUUCUCAUCCUACCUUCCCUAAGCAGCUGUUUAAAUAAAACCAACAUGACUUUUUUAAGGGAAGCAAUGGUAACAGGGAUUCACUCUCCUGUUGUUUUUGAUCCAUGGACUUUGUAUGUUUGGGGAAUGACCUUUGCACUUUUAACCUUGUGAGUUUGAUCCCCAAGACUUCCCCACAUCUAAAAGAAAUGCCCCCUGGUCCAUACCAACAAUUCAUUUGUUGAUAUGGCCUUCAUGAGGCUAGGUCGUGUUGAAAGAAUAUAAUAAAAAAAAGAAAGAGUUGGUAAAUUUACAGAGUGAAGCACGUGGUGUUGAGAGUGUGGGAGGCCAAGAGACUCAAACUGAACUUUGACCUCUGUAUCUUCUCCUGAUUUCAAUACCUGUGAUUUUUAUGAAAAAAAAUAAAUAAAUAACAAUAUUAUUGAAAAAAAUUAAAGAAAAACUGUAAAACUCUAAAAAGUUAUCUUAUUUUAAAAACUACAUUAAUGUGUUGUCUGUUUCAUGGCAUUUGAGGUUUAUUGAUUAAAUCUGCUGUCUGAAGACAUUUAAGUAAAGCAAUAGAAAUUGAGGUUUUAUGAAGUAUAAAUGUUAAAAACUGUAUGAAUAUUUGCAUUGUUUACAAACUAGUGUCCCCCCCCCCCCCCCCCCUAUACUGGUCCUGAGGACUGCCUAGCUGUACAUGUGACCUCAUACCCUGGAUUUUUUUGUAUGUCUGCUAAAAUACUUCACUUGAACAGUUAAAGUGUUACUGUCAUCAAAAACAACUUUUGCCAUGUUGUUCAGACAUGUAAAAAGUCGUUGAUCGCAUCGAGUCUAACUUCUUAGACUAGCUGCAAUCGUUAUUAGCCAGGGAACAGGCUGCGUUACGCUCCACAUUCCGGCCAGCCAUAAGAUACCAUUUUAUCUCUGCAUAUACUUCUAAGGAGCACAAUGCUGCACCCUUUCUCGACUAAUAUCUCAUGUUUGCAGUGGGUCUAAGGAGGGAGACCUGAUGCAAUCUACAACUUUUGGCAUGCCUGAGCAAUAUGUCAAAAAUUGCUUUUAAUGGCAGUAUCACACAGUUAAGUGAGCUGUGUCCUUUUGGCCUCAAAUAUUAAUUUACAGGCUAUAUUCACACACAGGCUACAUUCACACACUGUAAAAUCAACACAAAAACUGCAGUAAAAUAGGUGUAAAAAGCUGGCUUUUUUAAAAUAAUGUGUUAUAUUAAUGUCUAUGAAAAAGCAGGCAUCAUUGCACACAUUUUUUAAAACAACGUCUGUAAUUCCAGCGUUGGAAAUACAGCCAUGUUUUUAUACAGUGUGUGCACUGACUGAAGCUUUUCCAUAUCUUUUAAUAUAACACAUUAUUAAAUUUAAAAAGGCAGCUUUUUACUGCUAUUUUACUGAUAUUCUUAUUAUUUUGAUAUUACAGUGCGUGAACAUAGCCUCAGCUAAAUUUUGGACACAUAUACAAAGCUGUAAAUACAAUAGCUACAUAUUGAUUUAAUGAGACUUUCAAAGAAAUGAGGAGCAAACUCCAAGUCUGAAGGAUUUAUCCAUCAGGUUUUAAGUGAUGCACAUAAUAACAUACAGGGGCUAUCAAUACAUAUAUAAGGCCAUUUUAAUGUAGUUUUUUAGAUCCUUUGUCUUUCCCCACCUAUUUCACGACCAAUUGUUGGCAUCAGUUCCAGUGGCAGAUUUGAUACCUCUAUACUGUCUGUUCUUAAUGGGAAGAGUACUCAGGUUCACACCCCAUUGUCAAGAGUUAUGACCUCCCUCUUGUCAGUACAUGAACACAGUUGCAGUUUGUGGAAGGUCAUGUGGCUAGUCCCCACAAGGUUGUGAAACUAAGAGCUUUUCCCUUUGAGAAUUGAGCAGUGAUGUACACCCACUUGACAAACCUUGGGCCAACUAAUAGCUGGAGAAUUGCGGGAAGUGAAAGACUAAGCGUCUAAAUCUGUGAUGGACCAAUAGCUCAAGUUUUUUUUUAAAGAGGCCAUAGGCACUAGAAUAGUGGGGAGUGUCAUACAUUGUGUAAAAUAUGUACAAAGUUAGCACAGAAAUACAUACAUCUUCAGACAACAUAUAUAUAAAAUAGGUGCACAUCAUAAAGAACAUACUGAAUACCAGAAAGCUACAGCUAUUUUUGCCAAAAAAAACUUGAAUAUCGUGAUAAAAAAUAUAUUAUUUAUAUUAAGUAUUAUAUGCUGAUAAAAUCUAAGUAAAAGUUACAGUAAAUAAUCCUCUUUUAGUCUCUUGUCUCCCCAAUUCAUUUAUCGCACAAUUUAAAGGGAUACUCCGGCCCUAAUACGUCUUAUCCCCUAACCAUGGGUGCGGAAUGACAGAUUGUGGGGGUACCCAGUGGCGAGACCCCCGCGAUCAUGCAUCUAAUCCUACAUCCCUAUCGUUUGGAUAGGGAAUAAGAUUUAUUAGAGCCGGAGUACCCCUUUAAAGAGAACCUGUCAGGUCCCCGGGUCCUCACACACCGGCCCCAGGACUUUACAGGUGAGGAGACCACCAUUCCGAUGCUGCAUAGAGGUUAAAAUAAAUUUGAAUGGUGCACCGUGGCUGGUAUCCAUUCAUGGAAGGGAGGGGACAUCACGGCUUCAGUCACAAUUGAUGCAUAGUCCUCCCAGUAGUCAGGCUUGAUUGACAGUCUAAGUGCAGAGGGAGCCCGACACAGAGGCUGUCAAUAAAGCCUAACUGAGGGGAGAAGUAUGUAGUGAGAGUGGCUGGAGAUACCGUGUCCUCUCCCCCAGUGACUGGAUACCAGUCAUGGGUCACCAUUUUAAGUUCAAUUAAACCUCUAUGCAGCAUCGCUUAGAACAGAGAAGAACAGCCUCAGAAUGCUGUUUCCUCUUCUUGGCAGGUCCUCGGAUCGGUGGGUGACCUAACAGGUUCUCUGUAAGGGCACAUUCCCUCCUGGCGUAUACGCAGCGUAUUUCACGUUGCGCAAAAUAUGCAGCAGCAGCGGGAAAUAUGAUGCGUAUCCCUCUCUCGCCGUACACACAAGGCUUUCCAGAGGCAGCCCUAUAUGUGUAGUGAGUUUUAGAGGCGGGGCCGUGUGCUACACACAUAGUGCUGCCGCCGGAGAGCCUUGUGUGUAUGGUGAGCGAGGGAUACGCAGCGUAUUUCCCGCUGCUGCCGCAGAUUUUGCGCAACAUGAAAUACACUGCCCAUACGCCAGGUGGGAACGUACCCUCAAAACAGUUUUGUAGUAUUUUCUUAUAAUGUAAUAAUAAUAAAACUGUUAUUAGGCCGGUGUCGCUAUUGGGUAAAUUCUAUUGAUUGUGGCAUUUCUUCUCAAAAUAGACUGCACCCAUUGUUUACCUGAAAGCCAUUAUUUGUGGCUUUUUUAUUCAGUUUGGGUGCAGAUUGUUUUCACUGGUGUUUUUAUCUAAAGGCAGCAUGCUAUAGGUAGGCCAUUUUUAGUUUUGGAGGCGGUGCCGUGUGCCAGUGUGACUGUGACGUGCGGCUCCGCCUCCCAAACUCACUAAACACAUAGGGCUGCAACCGGAAAGCCUUGUGUGUAUGGUGAGCGAGGGAUAUGCAGCGUAUUUCCCGCUGCUGCCGCAGAUUUUGCGCAAAGUGAAAUACACUGCGUAUACGCCAGGUGGGAACGUACCUUAUAAUGUAAUAAUAAUAAAACUGUUAUUAGGCUGG